AUGCCGAACCUCAAUCCCUUCACAAAGAAGAUCUCGUCGUAUCAACAAGCCCUCCUCAGCUCCGGCGAAGAGCACGACGAUCCCGAUCACAUCCAGCAUUGCUUCGAGUACCUGCGCCAGGCCCUUAUCUGCGCUGCAGAUACCAAUCUGGAAGACACAAAGGAAGAGGUUGAUGAAGAUGGGGUGUUGGGGGUUGCGACGAAGGGGUGGGGGUCGGAGAGGGUAUGUAGGGAUUUUGAGGCGGUCAAGGAGUGGGCGGUUAGGUGGAGGGUGGGGGAUUAUGCGGGGAUUACUUGA